GUGUGUGUUAUAGCCUUAACACGGCUAUUAUAAACCAACAUUGGUCGCUCUUUGUAUUUAUGUUCUAUGAGUAAAAGUUUCAUUUGAAAGAGUUUGUAACAACCAGUAACAACUUGUUUUCUUCGGUUUCUUUAUCUGAAAAAUGUUGUGAUAUUGAAAUAUAAUGUAGAAACAUAAAUUUUAUUUUUUAUUUGCUGAUCGUCACUAAUCGUGAAACGCAUUUUCAAUUUAAACAUUUUCAAUUUCGGGAAUAUCAAAUCAAAAAAUCGGGCAGAAUCUUUUUUAAUUUUACGAUGGAUAAACGGAGAUUGAUGUUAAGAAACAAUAGCUUACAUAAAGAUUUACAAUCGAUUCAUAAUCAAUCAUCAGAAGAAAUCAACUUUCUUGGCAAUAAACAAUUAAGUUCUCACUCUAGCAGCAUUAUAACACAGGAAAAGACUGAUUCAUUUCAUGAAGAAAAAUUAGAUAUUGCAUCGUCAACAUUAAAACCUUUAAAUGUUUAUUUGAAAGAAAAAGACGCUUCCUCUGGUAAAGGUAAAAAAAGAAAUUAUUGCGAGACUGAAAACGAUGUAUUGGAAAUGGAUGAUGUUACCACUGCUUCAAAAGUAUUGAAGAAGACUUUGAUGUCAAAACAGCUUGGUAGCCAAGUACCAGAUGCAUCUUUUAGGACUAGCCAACAAGAUAUUUAUUUGUCGAGAGGCGGUGUGUCGAUGAGAAAUAAAUCUUCAACAGGAUUAAUUGCUACUCAGUCCAAACUUUUGGAUGUUGAUAAUCUGGAAAAGUCUAUGGAAAGAUCUGUACAGAAACACAAAAUUGCAAAUCUUAAUUCAGAGGAAACUUUGGAUGAUAAUGAUUUUGAUUUUUCAUACAACAAACAUGUUACAAAGAAGAAAGGGAUUAAAACUACGCUUGAUAGAAGUGUAAAGGGUGUUACCCAAAAUAGAAAGCAGCAAGAUAAAGAAUUUCAAUUAUCUGCAAAAUCAGAGAGGUACAAAAUUAAUAAGGAAUCAGAGGGACGUAUAAUUAAUAAUAAGGAACAUCUCCCAGAGAAGCAGAAUAUUUAUGUACCAGCUAUUUUUUCUAAUUUUCUUCAGAAAUGUGGUAUUACAUUGUCAGCUGAUGAUACAUAUACACUUAGUUUUCCUUCAUCUAUCACCAAACGGAAGAUGAAAAAAGUUUUGAACUCAAAGGAAUACCAGAAAAAGGAUGUAAUUGAUUCGAUAGAAGAAUACAUUAGAGAUAAGAAGAAUUUUGAAAAAAUGUUGAAUGAUAUGGAAACAUCUGCUGAUAAUAAUGAUUUUGGUGUUUUGAGCAAAGUGACUCUAUUAAGAAUUCUAUUAGAAAUCCCAGAGAUUCAAGCAGAUAUGUAUAAUAUUAUCAUAUCUAAACUUAAUGAAUCUGUUCUUUUAGCAGAUUCUUUAGAGGAAAUACCCUGGGCUACAUUACUAUUACACCAACUUCGUUUUUUGGAUAUUACAACUAACGUCGAUGUAUUAACUACAAGUAUACAACAACUAUUAGAAACGUGUCCACUAUGGUUUCAACAUGAGUUCAUCUUAUUUUUGCCUGACAUUUUGUCAGAUGCUCAGCAUCAGAUUAUUGCUGAAGUUUUAACAAAAAUGUUGGAGGAAAAUUGCGAAUUGACAAAUGUAAUUUUGAAUUGUAUUGCCAGUUUUAAUCUUGGCAAGAAGUACUUGGAAGAAUAUAAAAUUAAAGUACUACAUUUGUUGAAAACGAACAUGAAGAUAGAACUUAUACCAAUUGUAAUCAGAUUUCUUCUGAACGAUUACGUAUGUUCUGACAUUGUCAAACAAAUGUUGCUUGUAUUACGUAAUGUUGAAUUGCAACCUCUUGCUGGCGACGAAGCUAAAGAUUAUUAUAAAAAUCAAGUGCAGAUAAUUAAUACGUUAAAGAUAUGUAUGUCGUUGGCUAAAGAUGUGACGGAUGCCGCUAUAACAGUAAUAAAAACUAUUAAUAAAAAUCCAAAACCAUUGGAUUUAAUUAUUUUGCUUUUAAUAUUCUCUGGGACAAUAAUGCAAAAGAAUGCGGAAUCCUUACUGAAGCAAAACAUACGAUGUGGUUUUUACCGGAUAAGUUUGCUGCAUACGCUUUAUAAUGAUUAUAAAGAGAUUGUUCGGGAAUUACAAUUGCCAAUUUUGCAAUUGGCGGGUAAACUAUUGAAGUCUGAAGAACGUGUAUUUACUAUUUUUGCUAUAGAAUGGUUUCGCUUGCAGUUUCUUAGUCAAAGAGAAAUGCCUUUCAAACAACGUGAGAUUAUCAAAAAUAUUAUUCUUCUCAUUGGUAAUAAUGAUCAAACUGUGAAACAUGCGCUAACUGUGCUUUGCAAAAUGGCGGAGAAUGCAACGGAAAGAGAUUGUUUAGUAUUGCACUGCAAUCACUUGAGAAUUUUACUAGAAAAAUUAGAUUGUUUUGGACUGGAAGAAGUUGGCACUUUGAGCGAUUUAUUGCAUGGAUUAUGUCUGGCUGAUGAUUCAACUUCAGAAUCAUUACGGGAUGAUUUAUUUAUAUUGUUGCAAAAGCAAUUGUCCACUGCAAAACCGAUUACAAAAUGUAAAGGUGUCAUGGGAGCAGUAAUGGCAAUAAAACAUUUAGCAGGAAAAGCUGAAACAUGUGAUCAAGCUCUGAAGUUGUUCAAUAAAGUGAUCAAAAGCGUGAAGAGUUGUUGUAAAGCGCAACCUUUGUUUUAUGAUCAAUUGGCACACAUAAUUGCACAAACUGAGCUCAUUAAUACUGGCUUUGUCCAAAAAAUUAAUAACUGCAUCGAAAAUGAGUUUAUUAAUACAUAUAUGAUAGAUAAGGUACAAUCCAGUGAUGAUUUAGUACCUAAUUUCGGAUUAAACAGUGUGGAAGACGCACAACAAAACGGCAUAAUAAAUUUUGGAAAUAAAAGAACCGGUCCAAUUGCGCCAAUACUAUUUCGACUUCUUAAAACGUGUUGUAUGAAACUCAAUGAGCACGAAGAAUUGGAUGAAAUAGAUGCUCUUUUGGGAUGCGAAAUGUUAAUGCCACGAAAUUUUGAUAUACCAGAACCUUCAACACUAGAUCUUAUUAUAUGCGGCAUUAACUGGCUUAGAGAAAUAAUUUUGGGUUUUGUCACGCAAACGGAUCCUUUAUUGCGAGGACAAGUAUUAAAACGUUUAGACACUUUGAUAUAUUUGCAAGGAGAAUUAAAUAUGCUGCUGACAUUAUGUGACACUAAAUAUCAACCGCCGCCGUGUUACUUCCAUUAUUUUCCGUUGCCGCCAUUUAUAAAAAUUGAAAAAAAGAUUAGUAAAAAAGGAAAGAAACCUGGAAAAGUAAACAAAAUGAACACAUCUGUAAUGAUAGAAAACGAAUCCUGGGAGAUAGGUUCCACGUUGUGCUCUAAAAAUCCAGCAUAUUUUAGAAAAUUUGAUGCAAAGAUAGCCUACCUUUUGGACGUUAAAAUAGAAGAGAAAUUGUCACAAUCCAAAACGCAAGGUAUAUCGAUAAAGCAAGUAUGUUUUCUUGUAAAAGAACUUUUGGCUACAUUCGAAAAUGAACCUUCUGAGUAUUAUGUGAAAGAUUUAAUACACGUAUUACCAAAAAUUUGCUCAAAAUUGGAUGACGUUGUUGAUAGAUUAAGACAAGAUGAUAAUUAUGAUUUUCGAAAUGGUGCAAGAUUAUUGUUGCAUCUUCUUACUAGUAUUUUCAAUUGGAAAGGAUUUUCAAGUGUAACAUACAACACAUUACUACGUGAGGGAUUGCGUAAUUUGGCUAGACAAGUUAAUGAAGAAAAUACUCGAUUGCGGUCUUGCAAGGAACUUGUUGCAGAAUCAUACAAAUAUUUUGAAUCGUUAUCGGAUAUUGCAACUGAAAUAUCAUUAGCUACUGCUCUUGUCAACAUAUGUCAAGCAUUAAUGAAACAUUCUGAGACUUAUGUUCAAGAAUAUAAGGGUAAACAUGCAAAAUUAGCGUAUGGAUUUCUUUGUCUGGAAUGGCCAAAUGAUAAGCAUACUGGUCCUCAAUAUAAAUUAUCCAUUAUUCAAUUAUUAAGUAACUGGUUGGAUAACGAACCAUCGCCAUUAGACACAGUGACGUCAGUUUUGGAAUGGUUACCAGAUGAUAUCUGCAAUUUUGAAAGUUUGUUAAUGAGAAUACCUUCUGUGAAGAGAAAUAUUUUUCACUUGUUAUAUAAAAAACUAUUUGACAGUUUAACUAAAGGUAUUAACAUAUCGUUGUUAACCGUCAACUCGGAUCCAGAGAGAAUAAAGGUUUGGCACAAUGUUGCUUCAAAUGUUCAAAAACUUGUGCAAAUUUGUAAAACUUUGAAAACAAAGACUAUUAUACAAUUAUUUUUGCAAUACAUGCCACCGUUAAUAAAACAAUUUUUAAAUACUGGUAUGCCAAUACUGGAACAUAAUCUAAAAUAUCAAACAGAUGACGUAACUGCUAUUCUAAAAAUGAUGCAAGGUGGUACACGAUACUUACAUGCCAUAUGUUGCGAUUGCACGGAAAAAAAGAAUUUACCAAUGUUCAAAUAUGUGCCUACAGCGAAAUCUACAUUAGAGAAAUUAAUUUACAGUGUUAAAGGAAUGCUGGUCCUUAACGAUAGUGCAGCAGCAUUUUGGAUGGGAAAUCUUGUCAAUAAGAAUUUAGAUGGCCGUGAAAUUUUUUCGCAGACAUCAUCUGACGAAACUGGUUUACCAGAUAUAAAUACCAACUUUCAAGAAUUAGCGAAUGCAUCCUCUGAAAUUUUGAAUUCUGAUUUAGACGAAAAUCCAGUAGACGAAACGGAAGAUGAAAAUGAUGACAUUGAUGAUUUGUGAUUAUGUUAUGGAUAAAUCGAUGAUAUUUUCAUCGUACCUCCCAAACAUUCAGGAUGUUCUUUCCAAUAAUGAGCUGAUAAUGCGGGACGUUUAUACGUUUCAUCUCGAUUUGAUGCAAUUAUCAAUCGAUAAGAUCUAGCAUCGGCAUUUGGAUUGCGAUAAAUAAAUAAGAUGCACAUAGCUAAUCAGUAUUCACACAA